ACACUUUUUAUAACCUUUAUAUUACUUAUAAUUUUUAAAAGACACACUGAGCAAAAGUAUUGAUACUUAUAAAUCUUUACGAUUUUUUAGUCAAUUUAAAUAUAUAAAAUUAUUUUAAUUUCUAAAAAUGCCUAAGAAACCUUUUAUUCCCUCAAGAUUAAUGAAACAUGAAAGCCAAACGAGGCGUAAUCAAUCAAGGUUGCUAAACCAAAGGGAUGUAAAGUAUAUAAGUAUAACACCUCAGGAUAUUUCACAGAACACAUUAGAACAAAUGAUAAUAGAACCAUCACAAGGUAUAGAACAAAUAGAUUUAGAAUCUCAUAGAGCUUCUGAAGAUUUUUAUUUUAAAAAGGAUGAAAACAGUAUAAUAUUAAAACCUGAUACACAAAGUUCUAAAGUUUUAGAAACAAUAACUUUUCAAGAAAAGUUAGCUCGUUUGGUGCUAAAUGCUAAUAUACCAAGAAACCAAGUCACUGAAUUAUUGCAUUUAUUGCACACUGUCAAAUACAUAACAGAGUUACAUUGCCUUCCAUUGGAUUCACGAACUUCACUAAAUUGUCCAAAAUCUGGGAUGGCACCUAUUAAAGUUAUAAAAAAUGGUGAAUAUUUUCAUUUGGGAAUAACUGAGAGUUUAAAACAUUUAUUAUUGCAAUAUACACACCUUCAACAAAUGAAUAUUUUACAAAUAUGGAUAGCAAUAGAUGGAAUACCCAUACUAUGUAACGAGUUUUGGCCUAUAAUUGGAGGGCUUAAAAUAGAUACAGAUGCUAUACUUCCAUUUGUUAUUGGUAUUUAUUGUGGAAAAAAAAAACCAGGAGAUGUUACACAGUACUUAAGUCAGUUAAUAGAAGAUGUUAACUUUAUUUUGAAGAAUGGAAUAAAAUUAACUGACAAAAUAUAUAUCAUCAAGCUAAUAGGAUUUCUCGCUGAUGCACCAGCCAGAUCAUUUCUCAAGUGUAUUAAAGGGCAUAUGGCUUAUUUUGCCUGUGAGAAAUGUACGGAAGAGGGAUGUCAUAUUGAAAACCGUAUGUGUUUUCCUGAAGGUAACGCAACUUUAAGAAAUGAUGAUUCAUUUUGCAAGAAAAUACAUGAAAAACAUUAUACGGGAGACUCUCCACUCAUAUUAAUACAUUCCUUAGGACUGGUUUCUAAUUUUCCUUUGGAUUAUCUACACUUAUGCUGUUUAGGUAAAUAAU